GUGAACCCCAAGUGACUCACUAAAACGUAAGCCGCAACAGAAAAACUCGUUACGCUACAAACUCAAUUAGAAGUACAGUAAUGAAUAAUAAAUAUAUAAAGAUAUUGUAUUUUUAUUUUUUUGCUCCAAAUUAUCCUCCCAGUUUGCCCUUGCCCUUAUAUUCCCCCCCAUCAGCGUUUUGCUUUUUCCCCACCUUCAAGCAGUCAGUCAAAUUGUUGAGCAGCAGCAGCAGCCAAAAAAGGGUUUUCUUUCCGCCUCCGUCACUGAGCUUCAGAUUUUUUUAAAUUCGAUUUCUCUAUCUCCCUCUAUUUGUUCCCUUCGAUCAUCAAUGGCCGAUAAGACCGAUUUCGAUUCUCGCCAACCUCCUCAGAUCUCCAAAGUAUUUUGGUUGUUGCUAGCACUGGAAGAUGUGUUAUUGGUUCUCUUGUCUGGAGUGUGAAAAGUUUUUCUUGUGAUGGACGGGCACGUGUCCGAGAGUCCCAUUCCGCUUUCACCUCAGUGGCUUCUACCCAAGUCGGGAGAGAUUAAGAGUGGGUUGACUGGGGAGAACCAUAUCAGCCUUCACCCUGGUUUUUCCAGUCGUUCAGAUAUCAUGAAAUCACCUGGGCUUAACGAGGAAGCACGUGACAGCAAUAAGAAGAGAGAUGUUUUCAGGCCAUCUGUCUUAGAUAUGGAUUCUGGUCGGCGCGAGCGUUGGCGAGAUGAAGAGAGAGAGACCAAUUCUGCUGUUCGGAAGGACAGGUGGAGGGAGGGUGAUAAAGAACCCACUGAAAAUCGCAGAACUGAUCGCUGGACUGACUCAUCUGGGAAAUAUUAUGGGGAAGCACGCCGUGGGCAAAACGAUCGAUGGACAGAUUCUGGGAACAAGGAAACAAGCAACGAACCACGGAGGGAGAACAAGUGGAAUUCGCGCUGGGGCCCUGAUGACAAGGAGUCGGAUAAUCUGCGUGAGAAGUGGGCAGAUUCCAGCAAAGAUCCAGACCUGGAGAAAAGUGCAUCCCAUGUUUCCUACCAUGGAAGGGAUGAAAAGGAGGGUGAUCAUUACCGUCCUUGGCGAUUAAACUCCUCUCAAAGUCGAGGAAGGGCAGACCCUCCCCCUCAUUAUACUCCUCCAACUCCAAACAGACAAGCUCCUGUGUUUACACAUGGACGGGGACGUGGAGAAACCACUCCUACCUUUUCUCUUGGUAGGGGGCGAGUCAAUCCUGCAAGUAAUGCUUACACUCAGUUGCAUUCAGUUGGAUCACUGUCUGAAAAAGGUGAAACUCUCAAUGGAGAGUCAUUACCUUGGAGAUACAGCCGUACAAAGCUACUUGAUCUCUACAGGACUACCGACACGAGGUUAUCUGACAAGUUACUGACAGAGUUGACACAAGUACCUUCACUUACACAAGAAGACGCUUUAGAACCUCUUGCGCUCUGUUCACCCACUUCCGAAGAAUUGAUGAUCUUGAAAGGAAUUGACAAAGGAGAUGUUGUCGGUAGUGGUGCACCGCAAGUUACUAGAGAUGGGUCUAUGGGAAGGAAUUCGUCUGAUUUUUUGCAGUCAAGACGUAACAAGCUAGGCCCUGGAGAUGAUUUACCACUUGAUGCUAAUGAUCCCAAGGACAAGGCCUUGGAAACUGCUGGCGGUGGUUCAAAUUAUACAGAGCACUUGUCUUAUGAUCCUCGAGUGCAGUCUCACGGUUUCCCUUCAAAACAUGACCCUGGCCAGGAGCAUAAUAAGUAUCCUGACCACAGAUUGAGUUCGGAAGCUGCCAGAGAUGAUGGCACCUACAGGAAGCAUAAUAAUGUGCCUGUUAACGCUGAGGAAACAAUGCACGGACAUUCAUCCAUUGGAGGUCCAUGGCGGUCAUCUUCAUUCGGUGAACGCUUGCAUUCAGUCGUGCAAGAUAGUAGAGAGUUACCAGGGCCUGUCAGUUCGAGGGCCCCUGAUGUUGGUUGGUCAGAUCCUCAGAAAGAUAUGAAUACCGAGUGGGGUAAGCGUGUCGCUGAUCAAUCUUACGCAAGAUCGGAUGGACCCAACUGGCGAAUUGGUGAGGAGCAUGUUUUGAGGAGACAACCAUCUGCAAUCUUUGAGAAAGAACCAGAUAUACAGAAAGCUAUACCACAAUCUCCUGAAGACCUCGUGCUUUAUUAUAAAGAUCCACAAGGAGCAAUUCAAGGUCCUUUUAGAGGGAGUGACAUUAUUGGAUGGUUUGAAGCAGGUUAUUUUGGCAUAGACUUAUUGGUGCGGUUAGCAGGGUCACCACCUGACUCACCCUUUUGUUUGCUUGGAGAUGUUAUGCCGCACCUACGUGCUAAAGUUCGGCCUCCCCCUGGAUUCAGUGCAGCCAAACAGAAUGAAAUUGCCGAUGCAUCUAGUAGGUUCAACUUCAGCAGCUUUGGAGUACCUCGAGCUGAUCCAAGUGAGAUAGACAUGAUGCAGAAUGAAUCAAGGUAUAAGCAUAAUUCAGCAACAGAAGCAGAAAACAGAUUCCUGGAGUCUCUGAUGAAUGGCAAUAUGAGUGGUUUCCCUCUAGAGAAGUCUAUACCAUCUGAAGGUAUAAGAGGAUAUCUUGGAAGCAAUACUAAUACUACGUUAGGAGCUGAAAGUGCAGAUAAUGCAUACCUCCUGGCUAAAAAGGUGAGUCUUGAGAGGCAGAGAUCUCUUCCCAAUCCCUACCCAUGGCCUGUGAGAGAAACUGUUCCUCAUUUUCCAGCCUCAGAAAUUGCCCAAGACUCUACAUUGCCACAUUCAAGACUUCUUCCCUCGUUGGCUGACAAUGCGCGGCCGCAGUUAGCUCCUCAAAAUGUAGAUUUGAUGUCCAUCCUUCAAGGUUUACCUGAAAGAUCUAAUGUUGGUCUUAAUAAUGGACCGACUGGUUGGUCUAAUUUUUCAGCUCAAGCGGGGUUGGACCCACUGCAGGAAAAGUUGGAUAUCCAUCAAGCUCAAAACUUUCCGCCACAUGCUGCUUAUGGAAUGCAACAACAAAGGCUACAACCUCAAGCAAAUUUGUUGGGCAAUGUAAUGGAUAAUACGUCAGGCAUAUUUGGUCCCGAUAAACUUAUAUCUCCUGCUCUUUCCCAAGAUCCACAACUUUUGAAUUUGCUGCAACAACGCCAAUUACAGCAGUCUCAGACGCCUGCUUCAUUGCAGCAACUGAAUCUAUUGGAUAGGAUGUUGUUGCUUAAGCAUCAACAAAAACAGGAGGAGCAACAGCUGCUAUUGCGACAGCAAAAGGAAUUGUUGUCGCAGGUGCUUUCUGAGCAGAAUCCACAUCAGAGACUUGGUGAAACCCCUUAUGGGCAGUUACAAACUGCUCCAGCUGCUAUGGCUCCCAGUGAUCAUUCUCAGUUCCAGCCAUCCCAUGAGCUGUUUAAAGUUGGUUCACAGUUGCAGGUUCCUAAUUUGCAAGAAGAGCGUGCUUCUAGCUUUGGUCAGACUCCAAGUGUUACUCGUGAUAUGAUUCAAAGUGUUGGUGCUGAAACCUCUAGAAUGCCUUUGCCUCAUGAAGUGUUUGGAGAAGCUGUUCAUCAUAGUGGCUGGGAUCAUAAUCUAUCAGAACAUUUCGGAAGACCCGAGCAGAAGACUUCAAGCAGCAUGAAUGAUUUAUUAUCACCGCUAGGAUUGUUGAAAAACUACCAACCAGAGAUGUCACUUCAAACCAACAACCCUGAGUUAACAUUCAAUGCUGCGCUAUCCUCUCCUACUGGGGAACAUUUGGAAUUAUCCAUGACUAUGCCUCCGGUGGCAACUGGCAGUGAUGCAAAAGUUUUAUCAGUCCCGGAGCAGGUAGAAGAAUCCAGAUUGCUGUCGGAUGGGACACAAGCUGAGGCAAUCCAGAGCACAAAUGAAUCUAUAGUGGCCAAGGAAGUAAAGAAUGUAGAAUCUCGUGAGAUCAAGAAGUCUGAUAAGAAAUCUAAGAAGCAGAAGUCUGCUAAGGCCUCAGCUGAUAAAGGCACUAAGAUGCAGGACUUGAAGCCAGCUGACAUUGAAGGCACCAACUUUUCUGUUGAAAAACUUGAUAGACAGAGUCUCCCUGAAGAGCAGAAGGCACUGUCCCCACCCACUUCACAAGUUGAUGGCUUAACUCUUGAUGAAAAGAACCAACUUGGACAGGUUGGGUCAAAUACACUGCCGAACAAUAUUCAAGUGCCUGCAGGACGGGCUUGGAAGCCUGCUCCUGGUUUCAAGCCUAAGUCAUUAUUAGAAAUUCAACUAGAAGAACAGAGUAGAGCCCAGAAAGAAAUUGCAGUUCCUGAACCAGUAACAUCUUUAAGUUCCUCAAAUAUCCUCACACCUUGGGCUGGGGUGGUUGCAAAUGUAGAUUCGAAGUCAUUGAGAGAAACUAGUGACUUAAAUCCUGGGAAGUUAGACAGUUCAGUAAAUCAGAGAAGCAGGAAAAGCCAACUGCAUGAUUUGUUACAGGAUACAGCUGUGGCGAAGUCAAGUGAGAAAGAAACAGAGAAUGAUGGCUUCUCUUAUGCUUCUGUUGCAAGCUCUCAACCUGAGGCAAUUGAGGAUAAUAACUUUAUUGAGGCAAAAGAUACAAAGAAGAGUCGUAAAAAGUCUGCCAAAAGUAAGAAUGCUGGGUCAAAGGCUUCAAUUAUGUCCAUCCCUGAUGUCCCUGUGGGCUCGAGUCCUCUUGACAAAAACAAGAGUUUGCGGACAUUGCAGCAAGACAAGGAGGUAUUACCUGCAAUUCCUUCAGGCCCUUCCUUGGGGGAUUUUGUUGUCUGGAAGGGUGAUACGGUGAAUUCUGCUCCACCCCCUGCAUGGUCUACUGACUCUGGAAAGGUACCUAAACCAACAUCAUUGAGGGACAUUCUAAAGGAACAGGGGAAGAAGUCCACUUCUCAGCACAUCCCUGUGCCAAGUGCACAGAAGCCUGCAGCAACUCAACCUUCACGAGGUGGUGGUUCUUCAUGGUCAACUUCUGGGGCUUCACCGGGAAAGGCUGCAUCCCCUAUCCAGAUCAAUAGUCAAGUUUCUCUCUCAAAACAUAAAGCUGAUGAUGAUUUGUUCUGGGGUCCUGCGGAUCAACCCAAACAAGAGACCAAGCUGUCUGAUUUUCCUCAGCUCGGAAGCAAAAGCACCACAUCAAAAGCAGUACCUAGUGUGGCAUUAAGCCGACAGAAGUCAAGCAGUGGAAAGCCGAUGGAACAUUCAUCUGCUUCUAAUUUAAGUACUAAUUUAUCUAUUAAGGGAAAGAAGGAUUCAUCGACAAAAUAUACAGAGGCUAUGGAUUUUAGGGAGUGGUGCGAAAAUGAGUGCAUCAGGCUUAUCAAGACAAAAGAUACAAGUUUCCUGGAAUAUUGUUUGAAGCAAUCUAGACAAGAGGCUGAAACACUUCUGAUUGAAAAUCUUGGCUCAUUUGAUCCGGAUCAUGAAUUCAUUGACAAGUUCCUUAACUAUAAGGAUCUCCUUCCCGCUGAUGUCCUUGAAAUUGCCUUCCAAAGUCGGAAUGAUCGAAGGGUCGCCGGUUCAGGUGCUAGAGAGGUGAUUUCUGACAAUGGUGGUUUCAGGGAUUCAGAUCAGAGCAGUGCAACUGCUGGUGAAGGUUCUGCCAAGGGUAAGAAGAAGGCAAAGAAAGGCAAGAAGGUAAGUCCUUCGGUGUUGGGAUUCAAUGUAGUUAGCAACAGGAUCAUGAUGGGAGAGAUUCAAACGGUGGAAGAUUGA